ACAUGAUGUCAUCAACCCAAGACGGAAAUAAUUCUGUCACUGAGCCGCUGGAUGGCAUGCUCACGUGUGCGAAAGGGAAGGUAACUUAGCAGGUUUAAAUGCAUUACUUUGCUUUGGAAAAAGAGAAAACAAUCAUUUUCUGAGACACUUGUAUCGGAAUAAAAACGUGAGUGUUAAAACUCUGGGAACGCUACGGACAGCGCUAAAUGUCAGGACAAAUAGUGCGCAAGUCUCCUUUAUAACAUCUGAACUUCGCAAAACAACAGUUCCAUACUCAGGUACACGCUAUGGAGACUAAAGAAGCCACCGCUGAAGAAGACAGCUGUGAUAAGGACAGCACUGUUAGAACAAAUCGCGGUAAACGUAAAAACGAGGAGACGGAUGAGGCAGCAAAACAAGGCAACCGUAAAAAGCACAAGAAGUGCGGCAGACAGCUGCGUCCCGGAGAGCGGUACGUGCCUCCGCCACAGAAACGCAACCCUGGCGUCAGUUUCAGCCAAGAACAUUUUACUGAAACCUCCUACUAUUUUGAAAGCGGUCUUCGCAAAGUGUAUCCUUAUUAUUUUGCUUUUACGACUUACUGUAAGGGACGCUGGAUUGGUAAAACACUCCUAGAGGUUUUUAAGAGUGAAUUCCGGGCGGAGUCUCUGGAUUACUACAAAAAGGCUGCCAAAGAGGGGCGUAUUAAAUUGAAUGAAACCCCUGUGGAUGACCUGAAUAUAAUACUAAAGAAUAAUGACUUUAUGAGGAACACGGUGCAUCGUCAUGAGCCCCCUGUGAGUGGGAAGCCCUUGGAGGUUCUGGUGGAUGAUGGUGAAGUGGUGGUGGUGGAUAAACCCGCCUCACUUCCUGUGCAUCCCUGUGGCCGCUACCGUCACAAUACUGUCAUUUUCAUUCUGGGAAAGGAGAAGGGCCUUAGUGGCCUCCACACAGUGCAUCGACUGGACCGCCUCACCUCAGGUGUGCUGCUUUUUGCUCGUACACUCGAGGUCUCCAAAAAACUGGAUGCGAUGGUUCGCGAGAGACAGUUAGAGAAGGAGUAUGUGUGUCGUGUGGAAGGGGAGUUUCCAGAGGGUGAGGUGGUAUGUGAAGAACCCAUCCUGGUAGUGUCCUUCCGCGUGGGCUUCUGUAGGGUGGAUCCGAAAGGUAAAGAAUCCCGCACAGUUUUCCAGAGACUGAGCUAUAACGGGCACUCUAGUGUGGUCCGCUGUCUGCCUCUCACAGGACGUACUCACCAGAUUCGUGUUCAUCUUCAGUUCCUCGGCUUUCCAAUCCUCAACGAUCCCAUCUAUGGGUCUUCUGCAUGGGGUCCAAACAGAGCCAAAGGAGGCCUAGUGGGUAUGAGUGAUGAAGAGCUUCUAGAAGCUCUUAUAAAAGAGCAUAGUUCAAAGGAGAGUCUGCACUUGUUGGAUUUGCCUGAUGAAGAGGUCUCAGGAAAGCAAGGGCCGAAGACAGAUUGUAGUGAUGGUACUCAAGAACACAAUGAUCAAAUAAAUGCACCUGCAUCCAGUGGUGUUGCGUGUGAUGACAGUUCGUGUAAAUUAACAGAGGAGGAAGUAAAGGCAGAAGAUAGUCAAGAACUUCACAAGAGCACAUCUGCAGCUGAGACUGCGGACAAGAUGAAUGGUGCUCAUAAAGAAAAUGAUUCAGUAUCAGAUGAAGCCUCCAUAACUGCAAAAUCGAAUGCUUUUGCCAGAGAUCAUUUGUGUGGUGAGUGUAAAAUUGUGCGACCUGACCCAGCGGAGAAGGAUUUGAUUAUGUACCUACAUGCAUUACGAUACAAAGGACCUGACUUUGAAUACACCACCCAAAUGCCUGACUGGGCCAAAGAAGACUGGCUUCAGGAUUAAACUAAAAUCAGAUGUAUUCAUGCAUCAUUUGUUACCUGAUAUAACCGCGCGUGUUUACAAAGAUUGUUUUUUUUUUUUAUUCCCUUUGAUUACUAAAUAUAUUCUGAGUGAAUUCAAAACUACUUUUUAAAUUUCUUUUCAUUUAAGAUUCGUGGAUUUAUUAGUCAGGUGCAUUUCCGUUUCAUAAAUUUUUGUUUCAGUUCCUUAUAUUUGAGAAGGACAACAUCUCAUCUGCGAUGAGCGUACAGCAAUAAAAUAUAUAUAUAUUUUUUCUGUGGGAAUGAAAAUAAAGCAUGUUUUUAAAUAUCAUUUUCUUCUAUCCCUUCAGUAAUAGUAGGUGAGAGUAAUUUUAAUUAAAACGUGUCAUGCAAAAUACCAUGUUAUGCAUUGAAAUAAAGCUGAGGUUUUUAAUUGUCUUAUGUAC